CCUUCCCAGCAUUCAAAACCCCCAGCUGCUUCCUGCGCCAAGGGCUUUUCCAUCGCCUCCUCCUCCUCACCAAACGUGCUUCCCUUUGGGGUUUUCUCAUUGGUGCGUGCGUUUUGGAUUCCCUUCCCCUUCCCACCCCGCUCCCCCUUUUCGAUUGUGCCGCGCGAGAGAAAUCGCAUUUUUUUGGGGGUGGAUUUCGCUCAUCGGUUUCUUGCCCUGGUCCCGUUGGCUGAUGUGAAGAUGGCGAGCAGCGCAUCCGAGAAGUGGGCUGUGGUGCAAUACGGACACCACGGUCCUGCAACCAAAGUCUACCAGUUUCAGAUCCUGUUGCCAAAUGGCACAAGCACCAGCCUUAAGCUGCGCGAUCCUGGAGAAGAGAUGCCGCUUCCUGAUUUCUUACAUCGUAUUCGGGAAGAGUUGGGCGAUGCCUCCUCACAUUGUGGUCAAAGGCGGGGAAUUGAAUGGGAUGGCGAUGUUUAUCUAGAGGACCUGCUGGACAGAAAGAUAGACAAGAAAGUGCAGUUCAGUGAUUUUGUCACUAAGGGUACUAACAUAUUAAGACUUCAGGAUGGUGAAGAAUUUGUCAGGACAUAUGAGAAUAUGUGGGACCUUACACCUCCGACUGAACUGCUUCAAGAGCUUCCGGCAGAAUAUAGCACUGAGAGUGCUCUUGCAGACCUUGUUGACAACUCAUUACAGGCUUUGUGGUCAAAUGGUAGCAAAGAAAUAAAGUUAAUCAGGAUAACUGUUGAUGGAGAAAAGAUUGUGGUUUUUGAUACUGGUAGGGGGAUGGACGGUUCAGAAGAUAAUUCUAUCUCUAAAUGGGGUACAAUGGGUUCUUCUAACCACAGAGUAUUUCGGAAACAAGGUAUCGGCGGGAAAGCGCCAUACUUAGUGCCUUUCUUUGGCAUGUUUGGCUAUGGUGGAACUAUUGCAUCGAUGCAUCUUGGAAGAACUGCCAUAGUUUCUUCUAAAACUAAGGAAUCAAGGAAAGUGUUUACCUUGCAUCUUUCGAGGGAGGCUCUGUUGGAGAAGUCUUCAUCUAAACUCAGCUGGAAGACUGCUGGAGGAGUUAGAGAUCCAUCUGAAGAAGAGUUGGCACUGUCGCCACAUCGAAGUUUUACACAGGUGGAAAUCCACGGCUUGAAUAGGCACUUGGAGCCAGCUAAACUUCGAGGAUUUCUGAAGGACAUAUAUUUUCCAUAUAUACAGUAUGACGAGGAUAAUGGAUCUGCGAGUACAAGGAGGCCAGUUCAAUUUGAGGUGAAUGGUGUAGAUUUAGCAGAAAUACAGGAAAGUGAAGUGACACUUACUAAUCUGCACUCUUCUAAUGGUCCUGAUUUCGAUCUGCAUCUAAAAUUUGCUUGUACUUCAACAAAUGCAGCUAGUCGCCAAGCACAUGCUCGGAUCAAGUGUGUAUACUUUCCAAUUGUCAAGGGAAAAGAAUCUAUCGAUUCUAUUUUAGAAAAGUUAAGCGAAAAUGCCUUGGGGGUGAAAGAAAACUUUGACAAUUUUUCACGUGUGUCAGUCCGCCGACUUGGCCGGUUACUCCCUGAUGCAAGAUGGGGUUCUCUUCCUUUCAUGGAACCUAAACAGAGUAAAGGACAAAAGGCUGAACUCCUGAAGCGAUGCUGCAAGAGAGUGAAAUGCUUUGUUGAAACGGAUGCGGGUUUUAAUCCAACUCUUUCUAAGACUGAUUUAGCACAACACGAUGUUUUUACUAAGGCACUUCGCUGCUUUGAUGGCAGUUGUCGUAAUCACAGCUCAGUUGAGGAGGUUAGUGUUGAUGCUCGUAAAGGUGAAAGAUCACUAAAUCGUACGCAAUUGGAGAAGCAGUAUCAUGACUGGAUUAAUAAUAUGCAUGCAAAGUAUGAUGUGGAAAUGGACGGAGGGGACGACGAGCAUACUGUUAUUAUCAACCCAAGCAACAAGGAGCGACUUGGAAUAUCUAAAGAUGUCGAAGUUAUUAGAGUUCACACCUCGGUUAGCAGAAAAGGAAAAACAUGGAGAAGAGGAGAUCAUCUGAAAAUCCAACCAGGAGUAGUUGCACGAAUGAAAAACAAUUUCUACUCAUCGAAAAGCAAUUUCUAUGGAACACUGGAAUAUGUUGUUGUUGAAGGACUUCGAGGAGAUAUCUGUGGUGAAGCUCGACUUAUAUGCAGGUCUAUUGAGUGCUCUGGUGAUCAAGGUUGCUUACUCGAGGUAGGUCAAGAUAGUGUGCACCUUAAUAUCAAGGAAUCUUUCUCCUUCCCUAUCAGCGUGAUAGAUGAUAACAAGUGUCAAACCAUGGACGAGGAUUCGUGGUGUCAAAUGCUUAGAAAGAAAAGUGCAAAGGCUCCAGCGUGUAUUGAGGUCUUACGGAAUUCACAUGGCAAUGAUCUUGCUAUAGAUGGGGAUGUACCGUUUGAAAAAGUUAUAACGGCUGGUUAUAACCUUCCACGUGAAAUAAUAGCUGUAAUCCGGCCACAAAAUGCUACUACCUGCUCCACCAGCCUCCUUGACAAGAGAUAUAUUGUGAAGGAUGAUGAUCUAGAGAUGGCAAUGGAGAUUUAUCAUCUGCCUGGAAGCAAAGAUCAUCUUCAUGCAAAGCUUAUUUAUAAAAAGCUCAAGAAACCCUCAUCGCGCAAUAGCAUAAAUGGACUGUAUAUCUUUCAGUUGAGCGAAGAGACAAGCAUGUUUACUAAAUCUGGUGUUUACAGUUUUAUUUUCUCAGUUAGGUGCAGAGAUUCAAUUGUCAUUAAGCAUGAAACGAGGAUAACAGUUCGUCCAAACUCCAAUACUAGACAUUGGCAGUUAUCCUGCGAUGCUGAUUGGUCUGCUGACAAUGCUGUAGUAGAUAUAAGGCUUGGAAUGUCAGUUAGAUGUCUUGCAGCUAGAAGCCAUGAUUUGUAUGGGAACGGAAUUCCUUUCCUUGAUAUACAUAAGGCCGUCAUAACUAUACUUGGUGGUGAUGAUAUUCUGGCUCAGGUUAAGGACAUCAAAGUGGAUCUCUCAACAGAUUUAUUGACUCUGUAUAUCAGGGAUUUUCUGUUCAAAACCAACAAAUUGGACAGAGUAAGGCCGAAUUAUGAAGCGAUGUUAAAGAUUUCUUUAUCUGAUAGUGAACUCUCUCAUCCAUGUAAAGUUAAGCCAGGUCUUCCGUCAACAAUUAAUAUGGAUAUGUCCCUUGCUUGGGAGAAGAAUUUAACUCCUGGAGAAGUUAUUGAUGAUGCCCUUCUAGAGGUGCUCGAUCAUUGUGGCAAUCAUGUUGAAGAAGGGACGGAACUUAUUGUCAAUACUGUUGGAUUCUCCUUUGUAGAUAAAUGCGGACCUGUUCGAAAGGUAAACAGCAAAGGAUUUGUUGACCUACGUGGAAUGCUUAAAGUUGUUAGCGGAUUUGGUUCAGAAGCUUGUUUGACGAUUUUUCAUCACAAGAAAAAGAUUUUCAAUAGAACAUUUCAAAUUGCUAUCAGGAAUUUGAAAGCUGUUAAGGUUCCGGAAAGUUGUCCUGCUGGGACCUUCUUGGAGAACAUAAUAUUUGAAGUUUCUGACUGUGAUGGAGUGAUUGACGAGUCAAUACAUGGACUCCAACAUACACUUAGCAUCAGGUCGAAUCAAUUAAAAGAUGUGCAAGGAGUACAAUAUGCAUUUGAACAUGGAAGAUGUGUUCUUCCUCGUGCACAGGUUCCUAAUGAACCAGGAACAGUCAGUUUUGUGGCAUAUCAUACACAUUUUGCUGACCUGGAAACAAUAAUUCAGAUUCAUGUUUAUGCUCUUGAUUUAGUGCGAGUAAACUCGGAGAACGACUUUGAACCUAUAUGCAGCUACCCAACUUCAUCUCUAUCAAGUCAAGAUCUUUUAUCUCCAAGUCAACUUGCUUCUUGUCAAUCUGUUAGAUACAUUGAGGAUGCUCUGAGGAAAGUUUCUGAUGAGAUUGAAUCAAUUGAUUCCAAUAUACGCUCUGAAGAAGAAAUGAUUAAAUUUCUUGAUUCUCAAAAGAAAUCUGUGGAGAAUCGUAUUGCCAGUCUGAAAGAUGAGAUUGGCCACAGAGUUGGCGCAAAAGAGAUAACUCGUCAUAAAAUUGAAGAGAAUGUUGGUACUGCUGCUGCUGUUCUAUGUAAUCUCUCCAACCGUAAAGCAUAUGCACCAGGGCGAUCUUUCAAGGAUGAAGUUGUUGGUAUUGUUGCUCUUCUCGGAACUGUUGCUAACAGAGAGCUCAGUAGGAUGCUUUCUGUGUAUCUUGGUGAAGACAACAUGCUUGCAGUGGUUUGCAAGACUCAGGACGCUGCUAAUUACUUUGAAAAAUAUGACACUGAAGGAAAUGUGGAUAUUCGCUUUGGUAUUCAUCAGGAAGCAGCUAAACUAGGAGUCCCAAUAAGCAGGAGAUUUCCUAUCAUAUGCCUGGAUGAAAUAAGGCCAUAUAAUGGAGACGUCUUUUGGAACAUAAGGCAAAAAAAGCUAAAUCUGCCUUUUCCACAUUCGGAGACGCCCAAGGGAUUUCGUGGGUUUGCGGUCAACUUGAUCAAUCUUUCUGCAGAGAACUUGGAGAUAAUCACAAGUAGUGGACAUGGUCUCCGUGAAACCUUAUUUUAUAGGCUCUUUGGAGAGCUUCAAGUUUAUGAAACACGGAAUGACAUGCGGCAAGCAAUGCCUCAUUUGAGGAAUGGGGCUAUAUCUUUGGAUGGUGGGAUUAUAAAGGGUGAUGGUAUGCUGCUGCUUGGUUACAGUGACCCGGAGAUCAUAUUUCCCGUCAUGCCUGAUGCUCCUGACAUUCUGGAAGACCCUGAGGAUGUGUUCACCAAAGUAAAAAAGAUGAACGCAGAGAAGAAUGUUCUGGAAACGGUGGAGAACAAGAUAAGAAGAGCUGAAGAGAAUCGGCAGAAAUUGGUCAUGAAGCGCAACAAGAAGAAACGCAAAUUCGACGAGAUGGCGGAGGUAAUGAGCCAGCCCAGUGGCAGCCAGCUUGAUCAGUAUCACCCAGUGUCAUAGUUGACGAAUGGGCUUGUAGCAAUCUAACAAUGUGGUCUACAAAGAUGAUCACAUGGCAUCAUAUUAACUGCUGAACUGUUCUAGUUGUUUAUGAAUCUUGUUCCUCUAGUUUUGUAUGGGAUUAGCUGAUGGACUGAUUAACAUGCUACUAACAAUGCAACUAGGCAGUGUUUGACUAAAUCUAAUGCGUAUCAAUUUACCGCGUUCA